AUGGGUCGGGGGCAGCGCGUGAAGAUCGCCCCGGGCCCCUCGACCCCCUUCCCGGGGCCAUCCACGCCCGACGCCCUCCGCACCGCCCGGGCGAUCAAGCGCGGGGUCCAGAUCAGCCCCAAGAAGCUCAACCUGGUUGCCAAGCUUGUGAGGAGGAUGCCCCUGGCAGAGGCUUUCAGGCAAUGCGAUGUGAUCCCAAAGAAGGCGGCACGACUCGUGCGGGAGGUGCUGAAAUCCGCGGCUGCCAAUGCGGAGCACAACCACAGGCUGCGGCGCGCCAACCUGACGGUGGAAGAAUGUUUUGUUACCAAGGGCACGAACCUGUACAGGACGUGGUGGCACGGGCGGGGCAAGGUGGGCAAGCGGACGAGGUACUACUCGCACUUGACGGUGGUCUUGAGGGAGGCGGACGAGGCAGGGGCGGGGACGGGGGGAGGGGCCAGGGUGGCCAAGGCGCUGAUGGACAGGCCGCGGAGCCAAGGCCCAGGAGCAGCUGCAGACGAAGCAAUAGCAAAAGCAAUAGAAGGUGUAGAGGAAGCGCUAGCAGGUGCUGGCGAACGUUCACUAGGCCUUGGGGCAGCUCCUGCGUUGGCCAUGUGGGAUGAGCAUCGCAAUGCACUGGAGGGCAUCAUUGAUGUCGAGAAGGAUGUGCCACGUGCCAGCAUUCUGCCAGACGCUCACUAUGUGGAGGAGUUUGAGGAAGAAGAUGAAGUCCCAGAUUCGGAAUUUGAGCCUCACGUUUCUGGCCCACAAUCUGCACAUGCCAGCGCCGUGUCACACUCGACCGACCAGGACAUCAGUGUUGUGGAGGAAGCCAUCACCUGGCAGCACGGCGAUCCAUGCCGGGCUUUCAUGCCAGCAGCUGCAGAGGCUGAGAUACUGGAGGACAUCGAGGCAGAUGGUGCGCCACCCCAAGGGGCGCAACAAUGUCAAAGCGUUCUUGAGCACGGAGCUGAGAGAGAGAUGUCCGCGACCCCACCCCGCAGAGAAAUCCGACCGCUGUCGGCUACCAAGAAGACAAGAACACCUCGCUCUGGUCUUGUGGGACAUCUAUUGCCACGCGCGCGAUGCAAAAUACUCGACCUGCAAACACGGUCAUGA